AUGUCUUUGACUCCAGCAACACAUUAUGUGUAAACACCCCUGAAUCAGCUUAAACGGGGUACAGUUGUCAACGUGUAUGGUGUCGUGAAGUUCUUUAAGCCUCCAUAUUUAAGCAAAGGAACUGAUUAUUGCUCUGUUGUCACGACUGUGGACCAGACAAAUGUCAAAUUGACCUGCCUGCUCUUUAGUGGAAACUGUGAAGCCCUUCCCAAAAUUUACAAAGUUGGAGACAUUGUUCGCUUUCACAGACUGAAGAUCCAGCAAUAUAAAAAUGCGAUUCAAGGUAUCACCAGCUCUGGCUUUGCGUCUUUGACCUUUGAAGGAACUUUGGGUGCACCUGUCAUACCUCGCACUUCAAGCAAGUAUUUUACCUUUACUACUAAGGACCACAAGAUGGUAGAAGACUUACGUGUUUGGGCAUCUUCUCAUAUUUCCCCUUCUUCAGCCUUAUUAAAAUUGUGUGAUGUUCAGCCAAGGCAGUAUUUCGACCUAACUUGUCAGCUUUUGGGCAAGGCAGAAGUGGAUGGAGCAUCAUUCCUCCUAAAGGUGUGGGAUGGCCACAGGACACCCUUCCCAUCUUGGAGAGUUUUGAUACAAAACCUUGCACUGGAAGGUGACUUAAAUCAACUCCAUCAGCUGCAGAACCUGACAAUAGACAUUUUAGUGCAUGACAACCAUGUCCAAGUGGCGAGAUCUCUGAAGAUUGGAAGCUUUCUUAGACUCUAUAGUCUCCGCACCAAACUUCAGUCACUGAAAACAGAGAGCCAGACGACAGUGCUGUGCCUGGAGUUCCACUUCCAUGGAGGCACAAGCUAUGGCCGCGGUAUCACAGUCUUGCCCCAGAAUAACUCUGAUGUGGACGAGCUGCAAAAGGCGUUAGAAUCUGUGGAAUGGACCAGUCAGCACUCCGAUCGUUCUGAACACGAGGGCAGCUCUCCAACUCCUUCAAGUUCUGGGUCCGUGUCUCCGUACGAGCUGGAGAGAUGCCAGCAGCUGUCUGCCACCAUACUCACAGAUCAUCAGUAUUUGGAGAAGACCCCACUCAGCACCAUUUUGAAACAGACUGCUCCUAAACAGUAUCGCAUCCGAGCAAAGUUAAGAUCCUACAAGCCGAAACACCUCUGGCAGUCCGUUAAGCUGCACUGCCCUAAGUGCCAUUCACUGCAAGAAGUUCCACAUGAGCACAAUUUGGACAUGAUUUUGCAAGAGAGUGCAACCAAAACCGCAGAUACCAAACUACACAACACAUCACUGUAUGAUUCAAAGCUGUGGCCCACUGAGGGGCAAGGUGGGCGGCACAUAGCCAUGCACUUUGUGAAACAAAGAGGCAUUCUCCCGCUUGCUGGCGACUGUGUGAUCCUCGUAGAAGGUGAGACACGUCACCAUUCAGGAGAAUAUCACAUUUGCAUGUUUUAAAAUAAUU